AAUCCAUAAACAUAACUCUCACAUUGAAGAACAUAUAUCCUCCUCCUUCUUCUUCAUCUUCAUAAUUUUUGUGGUCACUAAUUAUCUCUAGUCCACACUCUAUACUUCUUCUUCCAAUAGCUCCAAAAAUAAACACUCCUUCCAUUUCAAACAAAACAACAACAUAAGAGAAACAAAAGUUCGAAAAUUCCUAUAAACAUGAAAACAGAACAUAACAAUAGAUUUUUAGUUGUCAAUAACAUCAUUAAAACUUCAAAACUCGCGGCGUAUUUUAUCCUUCUUUUGCUAUCUUACACCUUAGGUUACUUAUCCCAUUCUUAUUCUUCACCAAAAUUAUCACCACCACUAAAAUUCUCGCAUUCGACGUCGCCGUCACUACCACCACCGUCGCCACAGUAUAUUUCUUCCAUUGAACCCGACCCAUUCCGAGUCAAAACUCACUGCACCAAUCCAAUCCCACCGGAAAAAAUUCGCCGGAAAAUCAUCUCCCUCAUCUUCAACGGAACCUCGCCGUUCACCGACUUUCCUCCGCCGCACGCGGCGGAGCAUCUUCGCCGGAGUAAAAAAAUCAAAGGCUGGGGUUCAAACGGUGCCGUUUUCGAAAACUUAAUUCGUAAAGUGAAACCAAAAAUCAUCGUUGAAGUUGGAACGUUCCUUGGAGCUUCAGCGGUUCACAUGGCCGAGUUAACUCAACGGUUCGGUUUAAAAACUCAGAUUCUAUGUAUCGAUGAUUUUCGUGGUUGGGCCGGGUUCCGAGACAAGUUCAAAAAUAUUCCAAGUUUAAACGGUGACGUUUUGCUUUAUUAUCAGUUUCUUAUGAAUGUUGUUAGUUAUAAUCACACCGGUUCGGUUUUACCGGUUCCGUAUUCAAGCGGUUCGGCUUUGACGAAGCUAUGUGAAUGGGGUGUUUGGGCCGAUUUGGUUGAGAUUGAUGCAGGUCAUGAUUUUUUAUCGGCUUGGUCUGAUAUAAACCGGGGUUUUCGGAUUCUUCGACCGGGUGGGGUUAUUUUUGGGCAUGAUUAUUUUACUGCUGCUGAUAAUAAAGGGGUUAGAAGAGCUGUUGAUUUAUUUGCUAAAAUUCAUGGUCUUAAGGUGAAUAUUGAUGGUCAACAUUGGGUUAUAUACACUACUUAUAUACAAUAAUCAUACAUUACACACACGAUAGAUUGAUAGGUAUCUUCCUAUUUUCCCUUAAAAAAAGAAGGUAUAUUCCUAUUUAUCAAAUUUAUUCAUUAUGUAAAAGUUGAAAGGUACACUUUGAGGUCAAGAAAAGAAAUUGCUAUUGAAUUAGUUGAGAUAUAUGAUUUUUGGGUGGAUAAAUAAAAUUUUCGUGUUUGAAGUUUUUUA